AUGGCGCUCUCCUUCGUCAUCCUGUCGAUCUUGCUGGGAGCCCACGGCAACAAGUUCUACACGAUGCCCAUUGACGACGUGGUGAACGGCUGUAGCCUUCCUGUCACUGACGACUGGUGCACGAAGCUGGUGUCCUUGUGGGACUGUGACAUUCCUUGGAAUGUCCAGUGCCCGCAGCAGGACCAUCCAAUGGGCGCCUCACACAACGAAGCUACAUUGGACCAGACUUGCCUGGCACAAUGUCAGCAUGCCGCAGCAGAUCCUGCGGCGGAAGCUGCAGCAGAAAAUGCAACCGAACCUGCAGCAGAAGCUGCAACCGACCUUGAAGCAGAACCUGCAAUCGACCCAGCAGUCUUGCAACAGGCGCAAUUUACGGCAAAGCUUCUGGCGGCUAUCCGGCAGCGAGCCGAUGAGGCUGAAGCUGCAGGCGAUGCGGAGAAGGCACGCAACUUGCGCAUGGUUGCAGAUAAGGAAGCCUACAUCCAGCUGCAAACCGCGGGUGAACCCAGUGAUCCACAACAAGUUCUUGCUGCUGAGAUGGCUGCUCGCCAGGCUGCUGAGGAGGUUGUGGAGGCGGACUUCAACGCCGAGACUGAUCACAUCUUCAGCGGUCUGAAGAUUGACGAGGUCACUCUCCAGCACUACCACGAUUCGAUUGAAACCUUGGGGAUCGAGUGUGGGGAUGAAGCAGAGGCCACUGAGGUGGCAGACUCUGAGUCCGAGACGUUGCAAAAGGCAGUGACGUCCGGGAGCCACCUCACCCAGUUCCAGGCAAACCAAGGCGAGGACACAGCGGGCUACAUGGAAAACAAGUGCGGCGAGGACACCCUGAACUUGACCUUCUUCGUCGACAAGCUGGUGCCCGCUGAUCAUUUGCAUGCUGGCAGCGCCUUCCUGAUGGAAGCCUACUCAUCCAGACUGUACCAAGUCUCGCACAAUCUGGAGUUCCAUGCCAAGGCUGCCAUGGCUUUACACGAUGAAGCAAACGGCUUGGCGCAUCACUUUGUGGCGCACCUGCGCCACCAGGACAAUGCACGUCGGGCCGCGGCCGAGAAGGUUGCCCUGGGCAGCCACACUGUGCAUCUGAAGACCUCGGUGCAUAAGAUGCUGCAUGAGGCAGCCCGGUCGGAUCUGACUGAGCAACAGCGAGCUCACCUCAGCAAGCUUGACGAGAAGCACCAUGAAGCUAUACAUGGGGAGAGCAAGAAGUCCAUGUGCCUGAGCCAUGCCCAGCGGCUGCAGCAAAUCCCAGACGACUCGCCUUUGAACAGCCCAGUCGUAAAAGACUACGUGGCUUGCUUGUGUGACCGCAACGAGCCAUCCCUGGUGUGCCAGGCCAAGCAUGGAGCUGCUGUGAACCAGGUCGCACGGCAGAUGGCUGCCCUGUUGGCCAAUGCCUCGCAGUCGCUACGGAUUGACAUGCAGAAGGCUGCCCAGCACAUGAUGGCCCAGUCCUUGCAGCUACCCGAGCCUGCCGACAACCUCUCCCAAGUUGCUCUUGCCGAACACCAGAAGAUCGCUUUGACGGUUUGCAAGAAGCCGUUCGCCUGCAAGAUGUGUGUGGCCGGAGUUUGCUCUGACAAGAAAAAAAUGGAUGUCUCGUUAAUCAGGGCAAUGUUCGGCAGGGGCUUCAUGAAUCAGCCGGCAUGCCUCAGUGGAGACUGCCACUUCUGCACGGCGCUCAACCCUGAUGAGUUUGUUCAGUUCAGGGCGACGCUGGGCUUCAAGGUUGGCGGUCACGGCAAUUGUGACGAUGCAGCCGGGUUCCUCGCAAGCUUCCAUUUCCACCUGAGCCUCAUUGCGUGCCUUGGCGGACAACUAGGGAACGCCGCUGAAUGGCUGGGCGUGAAAUGCAUGACUCUCGUUUCAACCCAGUACUACCCAUUCAUUGGCAAGAUGGUGCCGCUUGCGCUCUCCCUAAACGUGGUCGUCGCGCGUGCAAAGCUAUCCACCCAUGUUCCUGUACACGAACUGUCCGGUGCUGUGCAUGCGCAUUGCGAAGCCCAGAAGUAUCCGAAUGAGGAAGCCUGCGCCAAGCUCCUCCCGGCCAUUAAAGACAAGCGUUAUCCCAAAUGGAAACGGGAUGCUUGGGAGUCCGUCGCCUUUUUCAAAGGCUGCUAUUGGAAGCGCGAGGAAACGGCCCCACAAAAGUGCUUCAGAGAAUUUCAGGAAGCUCGUGGCAAAGGUGGCUUGACGCUGAAGGUCGACAUUGGCGUAAUGUGGUGGUGGGAGAAUGUCUACAAGGACACCUUCCACUGGUGA